AGGAUAGUUCUCCAGGAGGAAGAAGACCUGCUAUUGAAGGUGUGCUACUGACAACAUAAUUUAUUUCUUUUCCAAAAAGCAAUUGGCAUUAAAUAUUUGCAUAUUUUGCAUUGGGCUAUUUAACCAUUAAUGCGGUGUGCGCCCUUGACAAGUAAAAUUGUUUGGCAUUACCGUUACAGUAGACAUAAUAAAUUAAUAAAGGCUGGUGGAUUUUGGCACAUUUGCAGCUUAAUGGGCCGGGUUAAUAAGACACACUCAUUUGGCAGAUAGUUUGGUUACAGUAACCAAUUUAAUAGUGUAGUUUAAUAGGAAAUUUUCUUACAUCUUAGUAGAAAGUUUUGUCAUCUUUCAUACUGGAAUGCCAUAUAAUUUUAUACUUACUGUAUCGUUCAAAAAGUUAAAAAAAACAUGGAGCAAGUCGAAUUGUCUUGUGCCGAGAUUGAAGCUGGGCAGAAUUUCAGGAAGUUUUACAUUUGACUCGUACAGGAAAUUUUUAUUUAUGAACUUUUCUGCCAGGAAGAGAAAUAUAUUUGUUAGGCCUGUAAUAGAGUAAAAUAAUAAAGUAGAGUCUGGUGCAUUUGGGCGCCAUAAGCAACAUUAAAAAAAAUUUGACGAAAAAAGAUGGGCAACCACAUGUACUGUACCACAUCUAGCGUGACUUGUGCUGAUUUCAACUUUGAUAAUUACAGUCUGAUAACUUCUGAUUUUUUUAAAGAUUUAACUGAGGAUAUUAAAGAAGAGCCAGCAAGUCCUGAAAGUGAAACAUGUAAUGCAGGUAUGGACAGUGACAGACCAUUGUUUAGGAAUAGCCACAGCUUGGUUUCUAUAUGCUGUAUAUAAUUUUUAAUAUACUGUUUUAGUACUUAUAUAAAAUAUUCAGUAUACAAUAGACCCCUUUCAUGAUAUGAUGACGUAAUUUCACAAUACAACUACGAGAAUUAUACACUGUAGAACCAUGGAUUGUAAAAUAACUGGAUAGGAAACUUCUGACGUCACUGGCCGCAACCUUGUUGAAAAACGCGUAUUGCGAAUAUUACCAAAGUUCUCGGCAUUUUUGUUGUUUUGCUAUAUUUUCCACUUUAAAAGGGUGAUAUUGAAGCAUAAACUGGUCAAUUGUUUUAAAAACAUGCCUAAGCCACGACAAAGUAUUCAAGGUAAAUGUUUUUCGUCUUUGUUUUGUAUUUUUUUACACUUGUAGCUAUGAAAUUGGCGUCACAAAUUUUAACGAAAUUUGUGAUGUAUUUUUCACUGUUUAUAGUGUUUGAAAUAUUUGGUAACAUUGACUGGGAAUACUUAAAGUUUUCAUCGUAGAAUGGCGUGGUUAUAUUUAUAUAUAUAUUUUUUUUUAAGGGGCAACGGUGGCCAAGUGGUUGGGGCAAAGGUUUAAGGGGCAACGGUGGCCACUUGCCUUUCACCUCUGAGGCUGCAGGUUCGAGUCUCACUAAGUACCUUCUCAGUGCGACUCGAACCCAGUCCCCAUGUGAAAAGAGUAAAAAGUAGAAAGGGUUUUCCCCGGGUACUCCGGUUUCCUCCCACAGGGAAAGUUGACAGGGUGGGUUAGGUAAAAAGGGCCCACAGUAAUUGGCAUAUGCUGUUGUGGUGACCCUGUCCUAGUUGGCAAAGCUAAAUAAAUAAAUAAAUAAAUUUGCUCUUUGACUAAAAUGUUUAGCUGUAUUAUUGCUAAACAUGCCGUUUUUGAGAAUUUGGUUUUCAACUAGGUUGAGGCAUCCAACCACGCCAUCAGCCCAUUAAAAACAUUAGGUCACGUCAGCUAGUUUCCUAUCCAUUUGUUUUAUUAUCCAUGGUAGAACAUACGUAUGGUGUAAAAAAUUUUCUUCAUUCCGAAAUGCAGUUAUUAAUUUCUGUAUUUAUUUAGUUAUUAAUUUAAGUGCCAAUAUCACUUGUGGGACCUUUAUGGAUUUGAAAAGAGCGUAAAAAGUUAGUUAAUAAGUUCAAAAGCUUUUUUUAUUUAAUUAGUUUAUUUAACUUCGCCAUUAUCAUGCAUGCAUUCAUGGCAGGGUCACCACAACAGUAUAUGUUACCAAUUACUGUGGGCCCUUUAAAUUUUAAAUAGAUAAUAAAACACAAAUAAAAUACAACGAAAACUUCGAUUUACCUGAUCAAAGUCAUCACACGAAUUGGAACUUGAAGCCAAGCAAACAAAUUCCUCGAAGUUUUCGUUGUAUUGUAUUUCACAAACAUACUUAAUUAGCUGCUUGCAAAUUUUAUAAAACAUAUAACAAUUCAUAGAAUAUAAAAUAGCUAUUGAAACUUAAUAAACAAGGGUAGGAAGAUCUGACAACUUCGAAAAAUAGAUCAAAACAGUAAAGAACCUGGACGUGCACAAAUUGACACAAAUCUAUGCAAAUUUAGACAGAACAUAAAAUUAAGACUUACAACCUUCCUAAUCAUGUUUAUAUUUCAAUAACUAUGAGACACUAAUAGCAGCAAGAGAGUGAAGCAGCAAGACUACGAGCAGUGUUACACUUUAAGCAGAUAGACUUCCAUGUCCGAGGAUUUUGAGGUUGAUAAUUAAGGUAUAAGGCAGUUUUGAAGUAGUCUAAUGCAAUAGUUGUGAGCAUAUAAGCCUUCAAACAACGGACUGUUCCUGAGUCCCAGCCUCCUGGGGUCUAAACGCGGCUAUUGAAUUUGGCUAUAGUAUUAAACACGGCUAUAGUAUAAAAGGCUCAGUUUCACAUGUUGAGCAAUGUUAUACUGCAUUUCGGGCAACUUUUCAAACUGCGGAAAGUACGUCAUUUUGUCUAUAGAGCCUCGGUUUGUGAUUGACACGUUAUAUUUGAACUAUAAUGUCGCGUACAGGAAAAUGUACGGAGGCUUCGGGGGCUCAGUCGUCAGAGCAAGCGCCUUUCAUUAAAUUCAUCUCUGAUAUCAUGGGUUCGAUUCUUGCUACGGAGUCAUGCAGGGGCGUGGCGAACGAUUCCAGAUUGGGGGGGGCUUCAUACCAUAAUGACCAGCUGUUUCAAUGAAAAUGACCAACUUUUUCGUCCUUGAAAAAUUUUUCCGGACAUAUCCAAAUUUUUCGCGACAUAAAAAAUGUUUCAGAUAUCACAAAUUUUCUCCGUUUAUCAAAGAAAUUUUUCUAAAAUUCUGAGAUUUUUUUGGAUUUUCUAAAAUUUUUGUAAAUGAUAUAAUAUUCCUUUAAUAUUUAAAUAAUUCCUUUGACCAACAAAAACAUUUUGACCAACUUUUCAAAGUUCAGAAUUAUUGGGGGGGGGGGGCGUCGCACCCCCCCCCCAGUCGCCACGCCCCUGGACUCAUGUGAAAAGAGUCAGUCAACGCUCUGCCGAAAGUCGCUGGUUUUCUCCAGGUGCUCCGGUUUCCUCCCACAGGGAAAGUUAACAGUGUGGGUUAGGAUAAACACAGUUGGUAUACCAAUCCUAUAGCAACGUAAUAUCUCAAUUGUUGUAAAGAUAAAUAGUCUGGGACUUACAGCAAGUAAGCAACAUGAGCGUAAUACUUGAUGUAAUCGGUCACUGAAAAGCCCCAAUGCGUGGGGAGUGAGCUGAUUCAGCUGAAUAAUAAUGUAUGUAUGCAUGUAUGCAAACGAGGCUCUAUACAGUCAAAGUGAAGUACUUUCCGGAAGAAUGUAUUGUGCACUGCUCAGUCUGCUCUUUUGAUGUGCAUGCAAACGUGUUGUGGAAAUGAAAAUAUUUCCUAUAGGGUAUGAUGUAAGCAAGCUGAAAAUCUUGAUGUUUCUCCGUGUACAGUUGGUCUAACAGUCUGAUACCAUGCAGUGUGAAACAUGCCUGUAGAAAGUAGGAUGUUAUGGAGCGACACUACCUCCUACCUACACUUGAGUAAUUUGUGUAAUUCAAAACUAACUGCAUGAGAUGAAAUCAUUUAAAAGCUAGGUAUAACUCCAAAAAUCAAAAAUCAUUUAAAAGCUAGGUAUCUAAGCCUGGAGUUACUGGCUAAAGGCUAAUUUGCACUCCAUAAAAUAAGCAGCGAAUCGGACUGGAUCAGAGGUUUUCCGAUCCAAUCCAACAAGCGAUUUCCAGUAAAAGGACAAGUGGAAUGAUCGGAUCGGAAAAGGGAAACAAUGGAGCUCGUUCCAGUCUCACAUUCUCCAUUUUGUAAAUUUUAUACAGGUAUUAUUUAAUUAUUUUAAUUUAUGUGAGAUAAUACGGCAUUUUGAUUGGUCGGCAGGUUUAAUCCGCGGGACCGGGCCAAAAAAAGUAAAAUAUUUCAACUUUUAUUAUCCGGCCAGCAACGUCGUUGGAUCAAUCGGAACCAAAAAUUUCUACUGAUUGCACAUGCGCGGAUUUUGUUUUGUUCCAAUCCGGUCCGAUCCGCUGCUUAUUUUCCGGAGUGGAAAUUAGCCUUAACUCCAAAAAUCAUUUGGAGCUUGUUAUCUAAGCCCCGAGUUACUGACUAACUGGAAUAACUCAAUAACUGCAAGAAUGCACUCUCAGAAUGCACUUCUAUAUUCUGUAUUAAAAUUAAAUAAAUAACACAUGCACUUGUGAAGACUAAAAUACCCAGAGUACGCGCAUAAACAUGACAUUGGCACACUUGGCAUUUUGUUCUCGUUCAGAGGCUAAAUUUUGAUAUGCAGUUGCGGCGCAACCCAUUCUCGUACCCCGCGACCCUUGUCAUGCUCUGUUGACCGUGUGUAAGACGUGCUCUGGGUACGAGAAUGUGACAUAGUCUAGCUCCAUUUAAAAAUAAAAUCUAUAGGUAUGGUGUGAAAAACACACUCUCCAGAUUGACCAACGGGCGACACCAUUGCAUGCGGACCAAAGAGACCCACUACCGUAUAUUGUAUGAAAAAAACAAAGUACAUUUGGAUUGAUAUACAUCCAGGGGUUGUUUCUUGACUCUCAGCAACAUAAUACGAUUAAUGUUUAUCGUACUCCCUGCCUCCUUUUCUACAUAAUCACUAUACGAAUAAUUCAUGGAAUUUUAAUGAUAAAUUUAAAUCAAACAUGGUAUUUUUAGUUAAUACAAACGUCAUGCAAUGAUCGCUAGAAACAGUAACAAGUAACAACCCCCUCUCCCCUAGUACAAUGUAGGUUUAAACCAUGAUUACUGGACCACAAGCCAACAUUAUAAAGGGGAAGGGAGAAAAUGUUUCAAUAAUACGAAUUAAUUUCCAUGAUUAUUGUAGUUACUACUGUAACUGUGAAUUUUUUUCAAUGUUUAUUAAAUUUCGUAGAUAUAGAUGUUGAAGAUGGUAAGAAAUGUGUCCAAGACGAUAAAAGACGAACUGCUCACACAGUUGCUGAACAAAAGCGAAGAGAUGCCAUUAAGGUGAAUAUCAUUUUAAAAUAAUAUCAUGUACAUAAUAAAUUGUGUCGUUCAAAGUAGUAAACAUUGCUGACGUGGUAAUUUAAAGCUAUCUUGUCAGUCGUCCGAUAUAUCUCAACAAGCGACAAACUUUGGAAAAUAUCGCAGUCUGUUUAACGCAUGAAUGAGUAAGAGUCCUAAGACCUGUAACCACGUUAACCGUCUGGUUUUAAAAGAGUAAUAUAAUGCUGUCCCAGCUUGUGGGGUAAUAAGACGAAACAGAAAAUAUUAUUCAUUUGCAAUAUUGCUGAUUUUAAUGACGGAUAAAUACAAGCACAAAGGGCUAUACCAUGUUGUGCACUGUAGUAACGGGACACAAAGUUCUAUACAUACGACAUACGUUGUCUCCUUAAGUACAGUAUAUUAUUAAUAUACAGUAUAUACAAAUUCAAGUUACCAGUGUGUCUACGGGCCUUGAAAAUCCUGCAUGGAAAUUCCUUGAAUUGGAAAAAACUCUCCAGGACUGGAAAGUCCUUGAAAAUCAGUAGAAGUCCUUGAAAGUCUUGGAAUUAAUUUCCUUAACCUCCAGCUGUGCCAACAUUAGUGAUUUUGAUAAAAAUUACCGAAUAAAGUGAAUUGUAUAUACGGCAAAUCCGUGCCAUUUUCAAAUAUUUUUCCCAGUUCUAGGCCCUUGAAUUUACUGUAAAAGGGCCUUGAAAAUCCUGGAAAAGUCGUUGAAUUUUACCUUCACUAGCUGAUGAGAAAGAUCGUGACUCAAUCUUUACGACCGUUACGACCAUAUGGAAACCAGGUUUAAAGUCGAUAUCUCCCCUCUCUAUGUCCCGAAAUGAGGCUCUAUAGCCAAGGCUAAGGACUUUCCGGAAGGGUCUACUGAUCCAACAUACCGAGCACUCCCAUUUUCUUGUUGUACCGUCCCGUCUCGUAAUUAUUUUCCAAUAAAAAUGUGCAAAUAUGAGGAAGUGGGCUCGCCCUAUUGCCGAAAUUUUGGCAGAAUCUGCCAGGUCCAUUGGAAUAAAUUAGUAGGAAAACAAAAUGUAUUUACCAGUUUGUUCAAGAUUUUGGGACUUGUAUACAGGCCAUAUCAUAUAAGUUUAUUUAAUCUUAUUUUAGAAAUCGCGUAAUAUAGAUAUUAUUAUGCUAUUUUUUCAGAAAGGCUACGAUGAUCUUCAAAGUAUUGUUCCAUCUUGUCGUGGCGAGGACUCGGCUGUUAGCCCUAAACUAAGCAAAGCUGUUGUUUUGCAGAAAAGUAAGUCAAGGAUUUAGAUUCGUUUCUGCAUGAAAGUAUCGACAGCGAAUGAGAGAUACAGUAAAAACCUGCAUCAAAGAACCAGCCUGAAAUUUGGGCAAGUAAUUAAGCGAGCACUUGACAAAUGAGACUGGUUCUUAUACAAAACCUUUAGAAUGCAACUUCAUUUAAAACAACUGCAAAUGCAAAAACGUAAUCUGUUUUUCCCAUUUGAUCAAAUUCGGAUUCUUUUAAUAAAUAGCAAUUGUUAGAGGGGAAAACUGUCAAAAGUGUUCAAUAAUUAAGGAAACAAAUAAUUUAAAACAGUAAGCCAGGAACAAUUGUUUUUGACUAGAAAUAAGAACUUGUUAAGAACCAACUCGGCCUGAUUUCUCACCAAGUGCCUAUUAAUAAUAUGCAUGAGAACCACUGCAGCUUCUUUUAUGGUUUUACUGUAUUAAAAUGUUAUUAGUAGUCUAUUCGGGAUGUUGGCAAAUCCGGUAUGUGCUUCAUGGAGUAAUAUCUUCAGUAACCUGUCUCAGUGAACUGUGUAACAAAAAAAGGCGUAGUUCCUCAGGGAUCUUAAUUGCAGGACGGCAUGCAAUUGCAUUUUGGAGGAAUUAGGCCCCGGUCGUAGGGAUAAAAGCCGAACUUUUGGUACUUUGGACGUCUAUUCGGUGCAGUUUGAGGUAUAUUUAAGCUGUAAAAACAUUUGAAAGUAUCAGAUUUCUGAUACUUUGGACGUUUAUUCUCUGUAGUUUUGGGGAUAUUCAUGAUAUAGAAGCAUUUGAAAGUAUCGAAUGCGAAUAAAAGUUAAUGUUUGCACAUUUCAUCAUUUUUCCAAAGUGUUUUAGAAAUCGUGAGAUAUUAUCGUAUGUAUUGAAGAAAUUAUUCGAUUUUACGGAAGCGGUAUUUUUAUCAGUGCAUAAUUCGUCUAUUUUGAAUGAACAUUUUCUGGCGACAGCAAUAUUUAGUAGAUAGCUAAGGCUGUUUUUGCCGAAAAAAUAGUUUUGGAAAUGCAAAGAUAGUUUCGAACGCGUUUAAACUAACCACUGUGGCGCAUUUUUAAUUAUGUAACCAGUAUUAAUUCAGUACUGGUAUGCAUGCAUACUCAGUAUACUGGUUAAUUAUGUAAGCAGUAUUAAUUCAGUACUGGUAUGCAUGCAUAUUCAGUAUACUGGUAUACAUGCGUUUUUAAAUUUAUUUUCAUUUUCUGUAACACGCUGUUCACUUUUCUUUAGCCAUUGAUCACUUGAGGUCUAUACUGGAGGAAAAAGAUCAGCAAGAACAAGAGAUCGAUAGUUUGAAGAAAGAGGUUUUGGCACUACAAAUUAUGAAAGCGUAAGCAAACUUUGUGAAUGGCACAACUGGGGCCGGUUGUUUAAAGUUGGGUUAGCUGCCUAGGUUAACCUAAAAUUCAAAGCAAACUUCCUAACGGCUUGUUUAUAAAUUUGGAAAUAUUUCUUUAGAAAUCGUGCCUGGAUCAGUAUAUAGGAGUUUUUUCUUCUCGCAUGUUUUGAAGUAAACAGACGUGCAGAAAUACAUAACUAAAACAUCAUAUUAAACUUUAACCGAGACAAUCUCGUUCCCAGAGUAUGCCUGUUCGCGGGUUAUGUAGUAGCAUGACACUACAUAACCCGCGAACAGGCAUACUCUGGGAACGAGAUUGUAACCGAGAUAACCCGCGAACAGGCAUACUCUGGGAACGAGAUUGUAACCGUGGGUUAGCGCUAGUUCCCUGAAACCGGUCCCUGAAAAACAAAACAAUUCAUCGCGUCCAUUAAUAACUCGGGUGUAGUGGACCCUUGCAGCUUUUACUAUUCGACAGACUUAACUAAAAAAUAAGCUAGUUUACACUUUUUUGGUUGUAUGGUUAUGGUUGCCAUACUAUAUGGAGAAGUUCAGAUUUGCCUUCCUAUCAGCAUGGGUUUCAUUACUUUUAAAAGUAUCAGCUCGUUUUAGAAUUAGGUGGCUGAACAAGGAGGUAUUAUAGAAAUUUGGUAGUGGCAGCAUUUUCUGGAAUUUGCUUACUCCGAAAAAUUUUUGAAGCUUUGAACUGUGGGACAACGUUAAACUAUAAUUCCUAUCUUUUGAGAGAACCAAACUUUUCAUUUAAUAACUGAUUAUAAUAAAUUUAAAAAAAAUUGAAAUUCGACAAGGAUAAGAUGUGGAUAAUUUUGCAUCUCAUUUUUGCACACAAGUUAAAAGCAAGUUAAUCAAAUUUCUUGAAGUCCCAUGAAUAAACAUUUCUGGUUCUUCAGCAGUCAUCGUCUUCAAUAUAUUCAGGAUAUAGUGGACAGACGUAUAUAUAACUAUAGUUAGCGUUGUUCAGUAAAUAAUACAGAUUUAAAACAGAAAAUGACCUUACAGUAUCUAGCAGGCAAUAAAUUAACACAGAAACGUACAGUAGCUAAUUUCUUCAUAUUCAAGUUCAUUUAUGCACUAUGCUUUCAAGAGAAAAUGAAACGGUGCGAAGUGACUCCGUACACAGUAUUUGUUUUUUUGUAUUAAUGUAUUAUUACAUUGAUUUAAUAUACAAAAGUAGCCGGCGAUGAUCAUGAUUUUGAAACAGCCGCUGCGGAAAUCUGUGAAUCAGAUGCAUUUAAUGUAUCUGAUUGAGCAAUCAGAUGUUUACUUAGCCAGUGAGAGGUAGAGUUAAUGGAAGCCAAAUCUGAACAUAUAGUCCAUACAUUUUAUUUUUCUAGGAACUAUGAACAAAUUGCCAAAUCAACUUUGGUAAGUGUUUUGCACCUAUUCUCAGAAUUAGAGUUCGAAUCUACCAAACACUGCGCGCAAGUUUCUUAACCCUGGUCCUCACUGCGACGCAACAUAAACAUAAGAAUAUCACAACGUUACGUUCUUUUCCUUAUGCUCAUGUUGUUUGCUUGCGCUUUAUCUUGCGUUGUACCUAGUGAUUCCGCAUUCCGCUUGUUUAUCACUGACAUUGCACUUACGAUUGCAUAUUCAUGAUGUCUUUGCCUUACGUUUGAACACCUUAACCUAAUUAUAAUUAUUGCUUCUUUCUCAGACACCAGAGGUUCCUGGUAAUGCAGUGACUGAUGAAGCGAAAUUUAAUGUG